CCCUCUUGAAUUUUUUCACAACGUCAAUCAACCUUGCUAUGCAAAACAAAGUAACUAGUCUUACUGCUGAUUGGUUGUGUGUCUCCCAGAGCGCGAUGUGAUUGGAUGGCGCGCCUGUCGUGUAACUGGUUCCACCAUCAGGUUUCGUGGCGCAGAGGAUUGAGGCUCAUUCUCUCACUCUCUCACUCGCGGCAGCACGAGUCCGGAGGAUGGAGGCGAUUGAAGCGAUGGUUGGAGAAGGGAGGAGAGCCUAUGGUUCAAUAGGUCAUAUCUGAGCAGAAUAUUUUCACCUUCAGAAUGAAAGCUGAGCGCUUCCAGUUCAACCACAGCUGAAACGGCACGACACAAAUCCUGCACUUCACGAGCGAAAAAGACUCAUGUCAUCAGAAAUUAUACAGCACAUGGAGAGUGACUUUUAUGAGUUUGAGAUGAACUGCGGUCUGCUGCUGCUUCAGACAGAUGAUGCAUCCUCCAGCUAUUUACUGUUUCGAUGAAGCAUCUUCCAGCUAUAUGGUAUAAUGAUAAAAGAUUUCACUGGAACAUGCCGAAGAGUGUCAGGGAGCAUUCAAAGACCUGCUACAAAAUCCCACAGCUUUCAUAUGAAGACCGCUCUGACAGCUGACGUCAUGGGGUUCUGCAUUCCUGCCUAAUGUACCAUCGCUAAUGGCUGCGGGGUCGUUCGAGAUCUACAGAUCCAAGUCCACGUAAAUGCCUCACAAUGCCUUCAAAAGUAUCAUGCCUCUACGUGUUGACAGUCGUUUGCUGGGCCAGCGCUCUGUGGUACCUAAGUAUAUCCCGUCCCACAUCGUCCUACGUGAGCCAACUGUCCGUCCCGGCACAUAAAACGGUGAAAGCAGUCAAGAGCAACUCCACCACAACCUUCAGCAACAUCCGCACACGUCCACUGAACCCCCACGCCUUCGAUUUUAUCAUCAAUGAGCCCAAGAAAUGCGAAAUCAAUGUGCCCUUCCUCGUCAUCCUCAUCACGACCACACACAAAGAGUUUGACGCCCGCCAAGCCAUCAGGGAAACAUGGGGCGAUGAAAGCACCUUCAGCGACCUUAGCAUCAUUACACUGUUUCUUCUGGGACGCAGUACAGAUGCGGUGCUCAACCAGAUGGUGGAGCAAGAGAGCGAGAUCUUUCACGACAUCAUAGUUGAGGACUUCAUCGACUCGUACCACAAUCUUACUCUCAAAACGCUGAUGGGAAUGCGCUGGGUGGCCACUUUCUGCAACCAAGCCAAGUAUGUGAUGAAAACGGACAGUGAUAUCUUUGUGAACAUGGACAACUUGGUGUAUAAGCUCUUGAAGCCAGCCACCAAACCCCGACGGAGGUACUUCACGGGAUACGUCAUCAACGGCGGACCCAUUCGGGACAUGCGCAGCAAGUGGUACAUGCCCAGAGACCUUUACCCUGAGAGCAAGUACCCGCCAUUUUGCUCUGGCACUGGGUAUGUGUUCUCGGCGGACGUUGCGGAGCUCAUUUACAAGACGUCCUUGCACACCAGACUCUUGCAUCUGGAGGACGUAUACGUCGGGGUGUGUUUAAGGAAGCUGGGCAUUCAUCCGUAUCAGAACAGUGGCUUCAAUCACUGGAAAAUGGCCUACAGUCUUUGCAGGUACCGUCGAGUCAUUACCGUACACCAGAUCUCCCCUGAGGAGAUGCAUCGUAUCUGGAAUGACAUGACCAGCAAGAAGCAUCUCAAGUGUUAGUGGGAGCUGCCUGAGGAUGUGUAUUUGUGCCCUUUUUUAAAAAUCCCCAUGAUGCACAGAUGGUAGUUCUUUCUUAGAAAUACUUACAUCCUUCUGGGGCAUUUCAAACCACGCCGAGCCUAUUGUUUGAGAAUCGGGUGGGGAAUGUGCUAUUCGUGUUAAUAUUAUAACUGUGCCAGUCUGUCUGGUUCAACAUGCUGGAGUUUCUUUUGGUUCGGGUGCACAACAUUUUGCAUUUUCUUUGCACAUUAUUCUGGUUGUACAAAUGAAAGUAACAUUGCUUUGUUUACUAUUAUGUGAAAGCACCUGCAUUGUUUUACACAUUCAGAAAAUGUAUUUUCUUGAAAAAGAUAACGCAAUGUAUAGUUCCAUAUUUAUAAGUAUAAAAAUUAUUUUCUUACUCCUAGAAGUUAAACUCCAUUGCUUCAGAACAGCUCAUGUUUGUAGCUAUGAUGUAAAUCUGUAUAACUAAAGUCAUUAACGCUUGGUAUCAUUUAGUGAGUAUUUACUGUACAUUGUCAAACCUGUACAAAGAUUGUGUAAGGAUGGCAGUGUAAAUGUGGAAUAUAAUGAAAAUUAUUAAUUCUCUAGAAUUUGAUUUCAUUGAGGCCAAAAUGUGGUUCAUGUGUUUUCCUUUUUGAAUUGUUUGGAGUAACUUAGGGGAUCUGACAUUUAACUCUGAAAACAAAAAUGAACAUGUUAUCCCCAUCCGGUACUAAUGUAUUAUACUGUAUAUUUUUCACAUAAAAAUAUAUAGCAGUUCUUUUUUUUUUUAAGUGUUCUUUUUGUUUUUAUGUUUUGCUCAUUUAUAUUCAAGAUUCUAAAGGGAUAAUAAAAAAUAUAUAGAUAUAUAUACUCACAGUCAUCUCAAGUCAAAGAUUUAAAGAAAUUAAUAAUUGUAUUCAGCUGGCCCACAAUAAAUUGAUCAAAGAUAUUUAUAAUAUUACAAAAAAAAUAAUAAUAAUAAAUGCUGUUAUUUUGAAAUUUAUGUUCAUCAAAGAAGCCUGAAAAAAAGAUCAAUGUAGAAAAUGAACUUAUUACAAUGAUUUCUGAAUGGUUAUGUAAAACUUAUGUAUGGGGGUGAUGUUAGCGCAGUGGAUAAGACACAUGCCUUUGGUGUGAGAGACCAAGGUUCGAAUCCACUGUGAGACACCAAUGUGUCCCUGAGCAAGACACUUAACCCCUAGUUGCUCCAGAGGUGUGCGACCUCUGACAUAUGUAUAGCAAUUGUAAGUUUCUUUGGAUAAAAGCGUCAGCUAAAUGAAUGUAGACUGAUGACAAAUUCCCUGAAAAAAAAAAAACAUUACAAUACAGAAUUAUUUUAAUAGUAAGAAGUUUUACAAAAAAAUGGGGUAUUAUCUGCAGCCAUAUGGCCAUUUUCCAAUGGCUUUGAAAACUAAUUGUGCAUUUAGAGUAAUGCCUAUUUGUAAAACAUUUGCUUGUUUGGAAACUUUCGAUGAACCUGUUUUAGAAAACCAUUCUGUAAAUUUUCUGUCACUUUUAAAUCUGAUCUUUACAGCAUAAAUGUGCUGUGGAGAUCCAGCAAAAUGUCCGACUCACCUUCUCCAUCCUUGGAGGAUUUCACUUUUCCUGCCAAAUGCCCACAGUAGUGCCACUUGGCAGACUGGUCAGGCAGCUCGAGACGUGCCAAUCGCUGGCCUUGCCAAACUCUGUCAGCACCCUUGACAAAUAAAGACAGUCUUUGGCA